GGGCAGGCGGGAGGAGGCGGCCGGUAGGGAGACCGCGCCGUCGGGCGGGGCCGUCCCUCCAGCUGGCUCGGACCCCGGCGGGGCGGGCCGUAGACUGAGCGGCAGAACCCAGACGCCGGCCCGUAGCCAAGGAGAAAGGUGGGGGCGGCGCGGACGGGACGGGGCAGCGGCUCCCCGCCGUGACCCUCUGCUCCACUGCCCAGGUCCGGGUGCGAGUCGGAGGCGGAGGCGAAGGAAGGAACGAGCAUGGCUGAGACCUCGCCGCCGCCCACUGCCGGCACGGAAAGUUGCAGCGAGGAGCCGGCGAGGGGCGGGAAGCAGCGGCUGGAGGAGCCGCGCAGCGCUCCAGCCGGGGGCGCGGACAGAGAGGACGAGGCGGGGCCGCCGCUGGCCUCCCCCGCGGGGCAGUCGGAGCCCGGCUCGCCGGUGGCUGCCCCCUUCUUCCUGCUCUACCCGGGCGAUGGAGGCGCCGGCUUCGUAGCGCGCCCGCCGCCGCAGCAACAGCGCUCCUGGAGGACCCCGCCGUCGCCGGGCUCCCCGCUGCCCUUCCUGCUGCUGAACUACCCGAGCGGCGGCGGCGGCGGCGGCAAACACCAUCCUAAUUAUCUCAUGGCUAACGAACGCAUGAACCUGAUGAACAUGGCCAAGCUGAGUAUCAAGGGCUUGAUUGAAUCUGCUCUGAACCUAGGGAGAACUCUGGACUCUGACUACGCACCUCUCCAGCAGUUCUUUGUGGUGAUGGAGCACUGCCUGAAACACGGCUUGAAAGCUAAGAAAACUUUUCUUGGACAAAAUAAAUCCUUCUGGGGGCCUCUAGAACUGGUAGAAAAGCUUGUUCCAGAAGCUGCAGAGAUAACAGCAAGUGUUAAAGAUCUUCCAGGACUUAAGACACCAGUAGGCAGAGGAAGAGCCUGGCUUCGUUUGGCAUUGAUGCAAAAGAAACUUUCGGAGUAUAUGAAAGCUCUGAUCAAUAAGAAGGAACUUCUCAGUGAAUUCUAUGAACCCAAUGCCCUCAUGAUGGAAGAAGAGGGAGCCAUAAUUGCUGGUCUGUUGGUGGGUCUGAAUGUCAUUGAUGCCAAUUUCUGUAUGAAAGGAGAAGAUUUGGACUCUCAGGUUGGAGUUAUAGAUUUUUCAAUGUAUCUCAAGGAUGGGAACAGCAGUAAAGGUAGUGAAGGAGAUGGCCAGAUUACUGCAAUUCUGGAUCAGAAGAACUAUGUAGAAGAACUCAACAGACAUCUGAAUGCUACUGUAAACAACCUUCAGGCAAAAGUGGAUGCAUUAGAAAAAUCCAACACUAAACUGACAGAGGAGCUUGCAGUUGCAAACAACAGGAUUAUUACCUUGCAAGAAGAUAUGGAACGAGUUAAAGAGGAAAGCUCCUACAUAUUGGAAUCUAAUCGGAAGGGCCCUAAGCCAGACAGAACUUCAGAAGGGCAAGCACUGAGUGAAGCAAGGAAGCACUUAAAGGAGGAGACACAACUACGACUGGAUGUUGAAAAAGAACUGGAGAUCCAGAUCAGCAUGAGACAGGAGAUGGAACUGGCUAUGAAGAUGCUGGAGAAGGAUGUCUGUGAGAAGCAGGAUGCCCUGGUGUCUCUGCGGCAGCAGCUGGACGAUCUCAGGGCUCUUAAGCAUGAACUUGCCUUCAAGUUGCAGAGUUCAGACUUAGGAGUAAAACAGAAAAGUGAACUAAACAGUCGCUUGGAAGAGAAGACUAAUCAGAUGGCUGCUACCAUUAAACAACUUGAACAAAGUGAGAAGGAUUUGGUGAAACAGGCAAAGACCUUAAAUAGUGCAGCAAAUAAACUGAUCCCAAAACAUCAUUAGGCAUUUUACAGCUGGUCACCUCGCAAGUUGGAUAUCACAGCUUAAUUGUAAAAGGAAGAAAUCUGAAAGUUAUUGCAUUUAUGCUCUGAUUCUAUAUAAAAUGUCACCAAACAUUGACUUUGAAUUUGCUGGACUUUUAAAAAAAACCGUUUGAUAUAUAUAUAGGCUGUGUUUUCUUCUUCUUUAUUUUCUCCCCAGAGUUAGAAAAUUUAGUAUAAGUUCCCAAUUAAAUACCAAAUAAACUUUGAGAAAUUACUUCUGAGUUGACCAAUAAAUAAACACACCAUUAAAAAACAUCCUAGGGAACUGAAGCUCUGUACAUAUAUGACUGAUGCCUGAUGCCUUUACAGCCCAGUCCCCAACAAUACCAGUUUCUAGGUACGAUGUCUGUGUCAUUGAGCCUGUUCUGCCGUUGCCAUGUAAUGAACUAGAGGUGACUGCCACGUGGUCUUGGACUCUUCUAAAGUAGUUCUGUGUCUCUUAGGCCAUGACCCCUUUUCACUUUUGUUAUCUAGGUCUAAUCCCCAAGCCAAGGAUAAGUACUUAGUAUUCCACUACAGUUCUACUCUCAGUAACCAAGAUUGCUUGCAGCUAUUUUGCCUCAGUGACUUUGGUGGGGGGCAGUGGGGUGAGGGCGGGGAACAGCAUCCUUACAUUUCUUUAAAGUCAUAGAGAUAAAGUUAGUGAUUAGGUAACUUAUGAUAACAUAAUAAUGUGGAAGCUUGGGAAAACCCUCCUAAUAUUUGUCAUCUUCUACCUCUGCCAUUUUCCUGCAAUUCCACUUCCUAUUUAGGUAGCUCAGAGAGAACAAUUUUAAUAAAAACACGUCUCUCCUAUUAAAAAAAAAAAAAUACGCUACACGUUUUUCACAUCUAUCCUGCUUUUCCUUUUGGAGUAAAGACAACAAGGCAUAGACAUGAGUGAUGGUUUCCUGCCUCUUGUUCCUUGCUGGCAAUGUUUACUUAAGAGUUUCUGUUACUUUUUGUUCAGAUGGGAAUUUGCUUAAGUUUCUAGGAGAAUAACAAUCUAUUAGAAAACCAUUUCAGAGUAGGAAAUAGACAAAUGAUAAACUUAUAUUCAUUAUUAUUAUUUAGUCUAAAAAUAAAGAUUCCCAGUAGGUCUUCAUAAACAAUAAUCAGCAGGGCUUCUUUUUCUAAGUGACCACAGAUCUGACCCUUCCUAGGCGUUACCUUGUAAUAAUCCUAUAAAUACUUUGAUUUUUUUAAAAAAAUGACUUUUGAUUUGGGGGAACAGGUGUUAGUUACAUAAGCCUUUAUUCCUUCAAAAAGUCUUGGCAAAGUUUUUGUUUUUCUGUUUUUUCUUAUUCUGGUAGAUUUGCAGCAUUUCAGCUGCUUAAGUGGGGACAAAGAUAACCCCUUUGCUCCCAGCUCUUGAAAUUCUUUACCAUCUUCUUGGAAAAAACAGAAUUAAGAGAGUAAGAUAGAUGUCAUGUGUGUUUUUAUAGGUCCUUGCAGACUUGAACCAAGGUCAAGUCAGAGAGCCUAUGACCAACCUCAUGGAAGAGCCUAUGCUUUUGAACUUAGUUUAUUUCUUAUAAUUUUGCACCUCUUCUUACCUUCAUCAACCUUUUGUGGUGAUGAGUUGCCUUUUCUAUGAGCAUUUGGAAGGAGUGCUCAAACACCAAAAUAAAACAUUUUAAAGACUAUACAUAGUAGCAUGCUCCCAAAUUCUAUUACAGAGAGCCCCAGGUAUUUCACCGUAGAACAUGCUUCUUUAUAGGUGCAAAGUUAUAGGAUAUUUGGGAGAGAACCUUCAUAAUCUUCCAGAGAAUAUGGUCAGGAAUCUUAUGCAGGCCCAGUGCUGAAUUGUUUGUCCACUUACACUCACACGCCAGUUGGUAGAAAUGGAAAAGGAAAGAGAUAGCCAAACUCUAACAAAGGCUUUUCAUUAUGUUAAAACCCCGAAGCCUGGGUAAAGGUUGAUGUAUAGUGUCCAGUGAUUUAAUAUAAUUUGUGGUUUAGGGAAGGGACCAGGAAAAUGUUCUAAUUCCACAUAUAAGAAGGUAGUUGCCCAUUUGCAAGUUCCAGUUAUGAGUGUAAAACAGAAAUUAUAAAGUACCAAACCUAUUAGGAAAUAAAAACAAACAAAAAAGUGGAUUUAACUUUAAUUACUAUGUACUUGAGGUUGGCUUUGGAUAUGGAUUUUCUAAAAAGUGAUGUUUUAUUGUUUAUCAUCUAAUGGCUGUAAACUGUAGUACUAGAAUAAAAAAAAAAUGGAAAAUCAACUAUUCCUCUGCCUGGUUCACCUUCAUCUUGCUUUUUUUUAAAGAAUUUGUUUCUUCUCCAUCUUUUCUCCCCCCAUAAUUUCUUCCCAUGUCCUACAAAGUUUAUUUUCCUCUCUCUGUCUCUUCAUGCCUUCUUCCUUGGGUUGUUUUAUUUUGUGUUUUGAACUUGGUCUUCCUCCCCACCAUGGCUUGUG